AUGGAAAAGUUCCCCAGCCUGUCGAGCUCACCACAUCCGGGGAGCAAUGGCUUGAACGACUUGGGCUCGACGCCCCCGAACGGCGACGGCAGCGGCAAUGGAGGCAUCAAUGGUAGUGGCAAUGGCAAUGGCAGUAUCAAUGGAUAUCCGGCGGCCAAUACGUGGUCGGCCUCGGGCCGCUCCCACACCCGUCAAAAGAGCCUCGGAGAUGCCUUUCGGACGAUUCGCGCGAGAAAAGGCAGCAUGAGCCAAAACGCCCACGAGAUUGCCGAUGCGCUGCGAGCUCCCGUGUCUCCAAAGCUUGUUAUGCUUUGCCUGAUGUGGUACACGUCAUCUGCCCUGACCAACACGUCGUCAAAGUCCAUCCUCAACGCCUUUGACAUGCCGGCCACCUUGACCUUGAUCCAGUUUGCCUUUGUCUCUUCUCUCUGCGUCUUCCUUUCCUGGCUGGCCGGCAUCUUCCCCGUCCUCCGCGCCAGGAUCUCUGCCCUGCGACACCCCAUCCGCGAGCCCAGCCGGGAAGUCAUCAUGACCACGCUGCCCCUCGCCCUCUUCCAGAUCGGUGGCCACCUCCUCAGCUCGACUGCCACGGCCAAGAUCCCGGUCUCGCUCGUCCACACCAUCAAGGGCCUUUCGCCCCUCUUUACCGUGCUCGCAUAUAGACUGAUAUACAACAUCCGAUACCCGACCGCAACUUACCUCUCCUUGAUCCCCUUGACCAUAGGCGUCAUGCUGGCUUGCUCCAGCGAGUCACACUACGGCGGCCAGCUGCUAGGCGUCCUGGAGGCGCUCCUGGCGACGCUCAUUUUUGUCACGCAGAACAUCUUUUCCAAGAAGCUGUUCAACGAAGCUGCAAAAGUUGAGGCCGACGGCGUGGGAACCCAGUCCAAGAAGCUCGACAAGCUCAACUUGCUAUGCUACUCGUCCGGCAUGGCCUUUGCCCUGACAUUGCCGAUAUGGUUCUGGACAGAGGGCACGACCCUUAUCAUGGACUUCCUCCGUGACGGUUCAGUAGACCUCACCGACAGGCCUAACUCCAUGGACCAUGGCCGACUCGCGCUGGAAUUCAUCUUCAACGGCACAUUCCACUUUGGACAAAACAUCAUCGCCUUCAUACUACUGUCCAUGGUAUCCCCCGUCACCUAUUCCGUUGCGAGCCUCAUCAAGCGCGUGUUCGUCAUCGUCAUGGCCAUUAUCUGGUUCAGGAGCCCGACGACCUCCGUGCAAGCUGUGGGCAUUGCGCUCACCUUCCUCGGCCUAUAUCUCUACGACAGGACCAACGAGAGCAACAAGGCCGAUCGGAGCGCGAGGCUGAUGACGCAGUCCCGAGCUGGAACGCCUCUGCUGCCGCUCAAUGAGAUGCCGGCCCAAACCGGCCGCUACCAACCCUCCUCUCCUCAGCCGAGAAACGGGCCUUUUUACCCAUAG